AUGCAAAGUAUAUGUGUGGGAGACAUUAUACUAUCACAGGAGUCUUUGGGGGACAGACUAACCGUCAGUAAGUUCGGUCCUUGUGAACUGCGUCACCAACGUGCCCCGGGGGUGCUUAAAGCUUGUCCAACAUCGAAGCUAAGCAACAUACAAACCUAUCUAUCUAUCUAUCUAUCUAUCUAUCUAUCUAUCUAUCUCUCCGUCAUAUAUCGAUUCAUAUCUAUCUAUUUAUUUAUCUAUGUAUCGGAUUCCGUUCAUAUCUAUCUAUCUAUCUAUCUAUCUAUCUAUCUCAUUCUGCCCAUAUCUAUCUAUCUAUCUAUCUAUCUAUCUAUCUAUCUAUCUAUCUAUCUAUCUAUCUAUCUAUCUCAGUCUUUUCCUAUCUUAAUCUUUCUUUCCUCCUUUCUUCCUUUCUUUCUUUCUUUCUUUCUUUCUUCCUUUCUUUUUUCUUUCUUUCAUAAUAUCUUUCUUUCUUCCUUUCUUCCUUUCUUUUUUCUUUCUUUCAUAAUAGCUUCCAGUCUUUCUUUCUUGCUUGCUUUCUUGCUUUCUUUCAUAAUAGCUUCCAGUCUUUCUUUCUUUCUUUCUCUCUUUCUUUCUUUCUUUCUUUCUUUCUUUCUUUCUUUCUUUCUUUCUUUCUUUCUUUGCUUCUAUCUUUCGUUUUCCCUUUCAUUUCUUUCCUUCACGCAUUUUUUUCGAUUUGCUUCAUUUUGUUUCCCAGUUUUUCUUUCUUUCUUUCUUUCUUUCUUUCUUUCUUUCUUUCUUUCUUUCUUUUUCUUUCUUUCUUUCUUUCUUUCUUUCUUUCUUUCAUAA